AUGAACGCAACAUUUAAAUUCUUCCUUUUCACAUUCUUGUUCAUUUUUUCCUCAAAAAAUUAUAUUUAUGCUUCCACAAACAUUGCCGUGAUUCUACAUGGCGGACCUGAUCUACAGAAAGAAGGAACAACCAACGAAUCAACAGUAAAAGGAGCACGUGAAGCUUGCACACCACCAAUAUGUAAUCUCGAGCUAACAAAUCCAAAAGAUGAGACGGAAGCAGAAUACAAGAGUCUUUUAUCUAAAGUUGCACCAAACAAUGAUUUCUUUAUCACCCAAGGAUACUUUGCGCAAAAAGCAACUCAUGAAAUGGCGGAUAAAUAUCCUGGAAAAAAAUUUGGAAUAAUUAAUUUUGAGUUUACACCUCCCGUGAAGAAUAUCGCGAGCAUUUUGUUUGCGGAAGAUCAACAAGGGUUUGUUGCAGGUUUAUUGGCGGCUGAAAUAUCAAAGAAGAAGAAUAAGAAAGUUGCUGUUAUCGGCGGUGCUGACAUUCCAUCGGUCAAGAGAAAAGUUAAUGGAUUUGCUAAUGGGGUAAAGCACGCUUGUGAGGAUUGCACCGCAUAUUGCCUUUACAGCAAAUCUUUCGUGAAUGAAAAUAACGAAUCCCAAGGUAUCUUCAACGCAAUCUUAAACAUCAAAGGCAUCGACGUCGUAUACAAUGCGGCCAGUAUAACCGGUACAAUCGCUCUUAAAAAUCUAACUGCUCAUGGAAUUUACGGGAUUGGCGACACGACUGACGAGUGGGUAACUAAUUGGGCGUACGGUUCAGUUGCUGGCUCGGAAAAUCUUUUAACUUCGAUCGUGCAAGAUUAUCAAGUAGUAGUUCGCGAUACAAUCGGUACAAUGCUUAAAAAUAAUUUCGUGGCUGGCGGUCUCGUAAAACACGGUCUAAAUCUAGACUCUGAAAACUCGGCAAUCAAAUUUGCUGAUUGUCAUGAAGCAUGCGAAAUAAAUACGCCGAAUCUGAAAGAGAAUAUGCAAAAAUACAUCGACAAAAUUACGAAACGACAAAUUGACGUGGGGAUUGACCAUAAAAGUGGAAGAUCGAAAAUUUCUCCCGAAGGUUCCUCGUGCACAAUGUUGGAGAUUAAUAAACAUAACACAAUGAAAGACAAUGACGAAAAUCGUCGUAGCGGUAGUGAUCACGAUCAUGAAAGAAAAAGUGCUGUCGCAAAUAUUAGCUCUACUUCCUCUAUAACUCUUUUUUUGAUUAAUAGUAUCAUAAUUUUAGUUUUAAUCUUUCAUUAG